ACAACCGUGGAAACUUUCCAGGUGGUCUCUGAACUUGAGGUUGAAUUGCAAGACUUCAAUUCGAAACACAGAAACUUAUCACAGAGAGAAGAGAUUCAAGACCCACAAGCAGAAGCUCCAAUGGCAGAACCAAAGCAAGAGGUGAAAGACUGUCUCUCAGGACAUCACGCUGAGAAAUCACCAGAUCAUGACAAAGAAACGCAUGGAACGAGUAAUGACAUUGAUGAAAACACCCCAAUUGAGGAAGUGAAAGGACCAAAUGUGUUUGAAAGGGUGAAGGAAGAAGUCGAAGCCGUUGUGGAGGCGAUAAUUCACAAAGAUUCCAGUAGCCAUGACUCUUCUUCUAAGUGAGAGAGGUUGGUUGGUUGAGCAUCAGUUGUAUGCAACUAUAGCUAAAUGUGAAGUUAAUAUUGUAUUUUCGACCUUUGUGUAACUUCUUUGAUUGGAAUGUUUGUUGAACUCUAGCUAUUUACAUAAAAUGGGGCAUGAUUGUUGUAGUUUGGAGGAACCCCUUUAAUGAAAAUGCUACAUGAUUGUUUGGUACUUA